CUAUAAAACAUGUCUUCCUGCAACAGUUCUUCAUUCAAUAACAAUGAAGUUCAUCGCCUACUGUUCUUUCUUAGUCAUCUUCACCAUCUGCGAAGCCAGGUAUGUACCUGGAGAAGUUCCCGACUUCUAUGCGAUGGUCGAACCACAUAUGAAAGCUCAAAUUCCUAAAUACAUCAAAUCAAUUGCCAAGGAUUUCAAGUACGCAGCUGAUGCGUUUGCAACUAUUGAAAAAAAUGUGACUAUCGCUAAAACUCUUAUGUCCAACGAACUGAAAGAUGUCACCAAGAACAUGAUUAAGGAAACUUUGGAUUUGAUCCAGGCUACUAUUGGAACAAAGAUCACAGAUGAGAAAGCUCUCAAAGAAAUAGAAGAAGCAUUUUCCUUGAUGUCCCAAGAAUACCUUGUACAAUAUGAAACUUUAUCUGGAAGCAUUAAAGGUUUGAAAGAUCACCUGCUCGCAAAGGAAAGCUUAGUCGAUGAAAUAAUCAAGAAGAAAAUACCCGAGUUGAUCGAUGACUUUGUCAAAAAAAUGAAGCCUGAAGAAUCCAAGAUCGCAUCACAAUCGUACGUCAAUGACCUGAAGGGACCAGGAAGAGAAAAAGUGGUUGCAGAGGUCCGCAAGCUAUUUGAAUCUGAAGCUUCCGAAAUUGAUAUAGUUGAGAAAGCAGUGAUGGAAGAAAACUAUGAUAAGUCCUUAACGAUGGGACUACAAUUCAGAAUUCUACUGAAUGAAGUUGCUAAAACUUACAUCAAGGAUAGAAAACAAAAGAAUACAGUGGUAGGACAAUUGGAAGCCAAGGCUGAUGUUGUUUUGAUGCCACUAUUGGAAAAGGGUGUAAAUGAUUUAACUGUCACUUUGGAUAGUGCAAAAGUUGUUAUUAAUAACACCGUAAAAUUUGUUGUUGACGACAUCGACUAUGAACUUAAACGCUUGACUAACUCGCUCUCUGUAAUUCUGAUGUCAACCUUUGAUUAAGUAUGCAAUCGAAAUUCUGCUUUAAACACAGGAUGAAUUAUGAAGAAAUGGUUGAGCCGCAAUAAUUUCAUUUAUGUAUCAACAAUAAAAUAUUCUUGUUAAUCACAUGUUUCAAAAUAAAUGUUUAUUUUAAUAUACUGUUUUCAUUUUUAUUA